AUGUCCCCUAGCAAGGUUAAUGCCCACAAGUGGGCAUCGAGAGGUAGCUCCCUCACUCUUGUCAAGUGUUUUAUGAUAGGGUUUGAUGAUUCCAAGUUGAUCUCCUGGAAUGUGCGCGGAACCCUCAAUGAGAGUGGCAAGUUGUUUGUUAAAGAGCUGGCUUUGACCUUUGAAGUGUGGCAUGAUAACCUCUCCUGGGCUUGUUAUGUGAUUUAUGCUUCCCUUAUUCCUGCCCAAAGAGAGUUUCUAUGGUCCCAUUUAACUAAUCUGAGAAGUAGCAUAGUUUCUCCCUGGCUUUUGGUGGGAGACUUUAACGAAAUAUUGCAUGCUAGUGAGACGCAGGGAGAAACUUUUGUGCACAGUAGAGCUGAUCGUUUUUCCUCCAUGAUAGCAAGCUGCAAGCUUGUGGAUCUUGGAGUGGUAGGAAAUAAGUUUACUUGGUUUAGGAAGCAGAAGAACAGGCUUAUUCACUCAAAGAGAUUAGACAGAGGCCUCGGCAAUGUAGAUUGGAGGCUUGUUUUCCCUGAUGUUGUUGUCCAAACGCUCCAUCGUGUGCACUCAGAUCAUUGCCUACUCCUUGUCUCUUGUGGAGCCGAUGGAUCCUCCCAUGGGGACCGUCCCUUUCAGUUUAUAGCUGCUUGGGUAGACCAUCCUGAUUACCACCUCCUAGUUGAAAAUGCUUGA